UGGUGAUGGUCAGUGACUUGUUGGGCGUGGGAGGGAUAAGGAAUCGCUGCUGCCGCUCCUGCUGCUGCUGCUGCUGCCGCUCUUGUUGUGGUGGUGCCCUCGUAAGGAGGCCCGUUAGACAGAAACGCCCUGGGGAGGAGAACUCGAGAUAGUAUUUGUUGUUUUGUGUGAAUGACAACAUAAGUAGGACUCGAAGUUGUUGGUCGUUCGUAGAUAUAUACCAGACAUAUUAAAAAAUAUAUAUAAAAAACGCUUGUGAAUUGAGUGACUACUUUGACGCAGUGAUGUGCUACCCGAAGAUGACGUAAGUGGAGUAUCAAAAGAUUGUUCGUACCUACUUCAUGGCCAAGAGUUCUGGGAUUAAACGUGACUGAGCGACACCUGUCUUUAUGCCAAUUAACCUCCAGGGACUCCUAACGACCAUGUUGCUCAUUUACCAAUUCGUCACAUCUUUCUGCUUGCUCAUGGCCGGCACAAAUGGCUUCAACGAAUACGAACAGUUGUUACGUCACGAACUCCUGGCGCAGUACGACAAAUUAUCGCUGCCUGCUGCGUCCACAAUGGUCGAGUUUAGACUCACGAUCAAGCACUUCGAAAUGAUUGAAGAAAGUCACUCUCUAAUGGUCGAUGCCUGGAUGGUGAAUGAAUGGAAGGAUCCUAGACUGUCGUGGGAUCCCAUGAGCUAUGGUGGGAUAAGGAAGAUUAUGAUUCCUCACAAUCUUGUUUGGAAGCCUGAUAUUGAUGUGUAUAACAGCGCAACGCCAGAGAAAGACAUGACCUAUGGCAACACACUGGUCAUCGUCUACGACGUGGGAAAAGUCCUGUUUGUUCCACCCAUUAAACUUCACUUUACCUGCGUUAUGGAUCUCACCCAUUGGCCGCACGAUAAGCACAACUGCACGACCAUCCUGGGCUCCUGGGUGCACGACGGCUACACCAUUGACCUUCAAGUCAAGGAUGAAAAGCCUGAGAUCGACAUGCCGGUGCGAACCACGGAAAGCGGACAGAAUCUGACGAGGGGGUACUGGAAUCUCCUAGACUCCAAAAUCAUUCGUGACUACCGGUUCUACAAUUGCUGCGUGGAGCCGUACAUUACCAUACGCAUGAGCAUGUACGUCGAAAGGAACGCUCCGGCCUACGCUUGGAUAGUCAAAGGACCAGCUCUGGGCAUGAGCCUCCUGACGCUGGUCCUGUUCAUGCUGCCUCCUGCGGCGGGAGAGAAGAUGACCUUCGGUGUUCUGUGUCUGCUGUUACACGUCGUCUUCAUCGCCUACUCAUCCUACAUCAUCAACAUCACGCCGUCACAUCUUCCGCUCAUCAUCGAGAUGAUAUGCAAACAAGCCAUGCUGGUCAUCGCGAGCCUGGUUUUCGGGGCUCUGUCCCUACGGCUGGCCCGAGAUCCUCACACGUCGGGGCUUUCGUCCUUCGUCAAGGCGCCCUUGGUCUUCCUCUCCAGCUUUCUCUGCCUCCAGAACUACAAGAAUCUCGUAGGUUUCACGGUUUGGGAGGUGUCCAGAGUCCACCACCAGACGUACAGCCGAUCCCUCAAGUCCGACGAGUUCGAACUUCGGGAGAACGGAAACGGACACGUCUAUUCCGGGGAGAUCAGCGUCAGUCCGGGACUAGACUGGCUCCUCCUUGCCGCUGUGAUAGACCGCCUCUGUCUCAUCGUGUUCAUUGUGAUUUCAAUUAUCAAUUUCGUCUUUUACAAAAGCGUUCUUUUGUAAAUGUCAACUCCCGGAACCAUGACAUUAUGAAGAUGGCCGAACUGAAAAAGUAUUUGGUGGUUCGUGAACUUUUCCAAAUGGAAUGGACGCUCUUUUCCUGACGUAGUGAUUAAUUGAAAUAUAAUCUGACAAAACAUAACACUGGAAUUUUCAAAAGUAUUUUUCAGCAGCUUCGAAGGGCAAGUUGAAAGUCUAAAAGACAAUAUUUUGUAUAUAUAUGACGAGCUGGGAAUGAACGAUCUCGGGCAAGGUCUUACAAACAAUUUCCUAAUUGGCAAUACUUGUCCUCGUGUAACAUGAAGGAAUCCCAGUGAUUUGUGAACAAAAAGUAUUGAACGCCACGUGAUUCUUUUCGGAUUAUAUUUCAAAUACCACUGUACUACUUUUCUUUAACAAGCAAGUACAUUUUGAUUUGUUAGUAAAAUAAAAAUAAAAAGUUUUAAAAAGAUCAAAUUCUGUUGAACAAUGGCUGUGGUUAUAAAAUACCAGAAAAAACCAAGUUACCAAUCUGUAACCACAAGCAAAAAAAAUAAAUAAAUAAAUAAAGUAAAACACCUGAGUAUUUCAAGGUGAAACAACUUAGUAAGGAACCGGGAGGCCAACAGUCAUCAUAGUCACUAGAAGUCACUCCCAUGCGAUCAUUGUAAGGGCAAUAUCAAAGGAUAGCCCAGCUAUUGCCUAAAUGGGGCCAACGUAGGGUCGGAAGGCCCUUCAUUAAUUUCAUGUACAAAGAAUGAUGGGCUGGCAUAUACAGUAACCCAGGUGUCGCUUUGGAACUUUCUUUCAGAGAUUCGUUUUCCUCUUCUUCUUCAUGCAGUACCAAUGACAGAGCUUCAUUAAAGCUACAAAAUUCUUAACAUAUCCUUGGUUUCUUUCAAGGGACGAGAGAAACCGAAUUCUUUCUUAACGCAGGACUCCUUCAUCGUCGUCAGCAGCUGCCCUCACAGAAGAAAUCAUCUCACGCAACUCAAGAAGGGAUGAGGUGUUUACUUAAGAGACUGUGGGCAUUUCAAUUCGUGGGUGGUAUUGUUGGGGGGGGGGGGGGGGGCGGUAUUUUACGGAUGUGAAUAUUACGUUUUCUUGAUGAAUGUGGUAAGCUGGUCAAAAUAUAUCUGUAUAUUGUGAUUUAUGUUGUAGUGCUGUGUGUUUGUAUGUUUAUGUUUGUCGCAGUGUCGUAUACUUAUUUCUGUAAGUCACGGAGAAUUUUUAUAACAUAGCUUUUCAUGUGGUAUAAUAAAGUACCUAAGAAAAA